AUCUUACCUUAUCUCUAGAUGAUGAUACCGCCUUAUUACUAACCUACAAUUUCAAUUUCUUACAGUUCGGUGCAACAAUUUUCUUAUAUUUGCAUUUCCUUACGCACACAUUUUUCGCAAUGUUAGAACGCAAAGAUGACGAAGGAAAUUUAUACGCCUUUAAUGAGGAAGAUUUACCAUACGAAGAAGAAAUUUUACGAAAUCCAUAUUCAGUGAAACAUUGGCAACGCUACAUUGAUCACCUUAAAAAUACAAAAAGUAAGAAUUUAAAUGUGGUAUACGAACGAGCAUUGAAAGAAUUACCAGGCAGUUACAAACUGUGGUAUAAUUAUCUUCGACAACGUGUCAGUCAAUUAAAGGGUCGAUGUAUAACAGAUCCAUUAUAUGAUGAUGUUAAUAAUGCUUUCGAACGUGCAUUGGUAUUUAUGCAUAAAAUGCCACGUAUUUGGAUGGAUUAUUGUACACUAAUGACUGAACAAUGUUAUAUAACACAAACACGUCAGGUGUUUGAUCGUUCUCUGAGAGCACUCCCUAUUACUCAGCAUCAUCGUAUAUGGCCUUUAUAUAUUGAUUUCUUAAAAAAACACAAUGUUUAUGAGACUGCUGUCAGAGUCUUUAGAAGAUACCUAAAGUUAUCACCGGAAGAUACAGAAGAAUACAUAGAAUAUCUGAUAUCGAUUGGAAGACUUGACGAAGCUGCUGUAAAACUCGCACAGAUUGUCAAUCAGGACGAUUUUGUAUCAAAGCAUGGAAAGUCCAAUCAUCAACUAUGGAAUGAAUUAUGCGACUUGAUAUCAAAAAAUCCUUCUAAAAUAAAGUCUCUGAAUGUAGAUGCUAUUAUCAGAGGUGGUUUAAGACGUUAUACAGAUCAACUAGGACCUUUAUGGAAUUCAUUAGCAGAUUAUUAUGUGCGAAGUGGUCUCUUUGAGAGGGCGAGAGAUAUUUAUGAAGAAGCUAUACAAACUGUUACUACCGUCAGAGAUUUUACACAAGUUUUUGAUGCUUAUGCACAAUUCGAGGAACUCAGCCUUAAAAAGCUAAUGGAAGAAGCAGCACAUAACCCUACUCAGGAAGAAAUUGAUAUAAAAUUAGAAUUGAGAUUGACACGAUUGGAACAUCUUAUGGAAAGAAGACUAUUGUUACUCAAUUCUGUAUUGUUGCGACAAAAUCCACAUAAUGUAUCUGAAUGGCACAAAAGAGUUAAACUUUAUGAAGGACAACCACAUGAGAUAAUUAACACAUACACAGAAGCUGUGCAGACAGUGCAACCACAGUUGGCAGUUGGUAAACUACAUACAUUGUGGGUUGCAUUUGGCAAAUUUUAUGAGGAAAACGGGCAAAUAGAAGAUGCUAGAGUAGUAUUUGAGAAGGCAACUCAUGUUCCGUAUACCAAAGUGGAUGAUCUUGCUUCAGUGUGGUGUGAGUGGGCAGAAAUGGAAAUAAGACACAAUAAUUCUAAAGAGGCUUUAAAACUCAUGCAUCGUGCCACUGCAAUGCCAGCUAGAAAAGUGGCAUAUCAUGAUGAAACAGAAACAGUGCAAAUGAGAUUAUACAAGUCGUUAAAAGUAUGGUCUAUGUAUGCGGAUUUAGAAGAAAUGUGUGGAACAUUUAAGACCUGCAAAGCGGUAUAUGACAAAAUAAUCGACUUGAAAAUUGCUACACCACAAAUCAUCAUUAAUUAUGGACUAUUUUUGGAGGAAAACAACUACUUUGAGGAAGCAUUUAGGGCAUAUGAAAAAGGUAUCGCAUUAUUUAAAUGGCCCAACGUUUAUGAUAUUUGGAAUACGUAUCUGACAAAAUUUUUGAAACGUUAUGGCGGCACAAAACUAGAACGUGCCAGGGAUCUCUUCGAACAAUGUUUAGAACAUUGCCCGUCCAAGUAUGCUAAAGCUUUAUAUUUGUUAUACGCAAAACUAGAAGAGGACCAUGGCUUAGCAAGACAUGCUAUGUCUGUGUAUGAACGUGCAACAAAUGCUGUCCUUCCGGAAGAGAAAUUUGAUAUGUUUAACAUAUAUAUUAAAAAAGCUGCAGACAUAUAUGGAGUACCGAAAACUCGACAGAUAUAUGAAAAAGCCAUAGAAGUUCUAAAUGAUGAAAAUACUAGGGAAAUGUGUUUACGAUUUUCAGAGUUGGAGACGAAGUUAGGAGAAGUAGAUAGAGCGAGAGCAAUAUAUGCGCAUUGUAGCCAAAUAUGUGACCCAAGGGUUACAUCAAAUUUCUGGCAAGUUUGGAAAGAGUUUGAAGUUAGACAUGGAAAUGAGGAUACCAUGCGUGAAAUGUUACGAAUUAAACGUAGCGUGCAAGCUAUGUAUAAUACUCAAGUAAAUAUGAUGUCUGCACAAAUGUUGAAUAAUGCAUCCAAUCAAGUGUCAGAUGUUCCAGUAGAUGCUAUGCGCUUGUUAGAUAGUAAAGUCGCAUCGAAUACAGAUAAUGUUGCCGACCUCAAAGGAGGUAUUAAAUUUGUACGUAGCGUAACAGAAAAAGAUGGUAAAUCAGAAUCGCGUGUAAAUAAUCCCGAUGAGAUUGAUAUUGAUAUGAAUGAUGAUGAUGAUGAUGAUGAUGAUGAAAAUGAAAAUGAAAAUGAAAGUGAAAACGAAAAUGAUGCAGAAGUAGAAGAAGAUGUGCCGAUUGAAAAACAAAUUAUACCUUCACAAGUAUUUGGUAGUCUAAAAACAGCCGAAGUUGAAGAUGAAUAAAAUUUCAAUAGACAGUAUUGUGAUUGAAACGGAUUUUGUAUAAUUUUAUCAUAAAAUAUACUAUUUUAUCACAUA